AUGGGGCUUAGAUCAUUGAAGCCGCAAGGACUACAAGAGACGCCUCAUCAGGCUUUGAACCGCAGGCUUUUCUGGAGUGCUGCUGUUUUCGGUAUGACAUGCCCCGCCUACCUCGUUGGAACCAACUUUCUUACCAGCAAAACAGGUUUCCUUGGUGCCAGCCGUGGUCUUGAUGAAGGGCUUGUUGGCGGCAUGGUCAGCUUACAAAGCUUCAAGGAUGAGUUUCAUCUCGAGGAUGGAUCUCAAAACCAUCAAGCCAGUACUCUAUCAAACAUCACUAGCAUGGUGCAACUUGGCAGCAUAGUUGGUGCUUUGCUUGCCUUCCUAAUUUGUGACAAACUCGGUCGUGUACACACACUUCGCAUUCUGAGCUUUCUGUGGCUUGUCGGCUUCAUCAUUGUUGUGGCCAGCCACGGUAGCCUUGGUCAGGUCCUCGCGGGUAGAUUUAUCGCAGGCCUGGGGAUUGGCAUGACUACAGUUGUCGGGCCUAUGUACAUCGCCGAAAUUGCCCCAAAGUCUGUGCGUGGUAUGCUCACAAACAUAUUUGCCGGGUCCGUUUAUCUGGGUGCUACAAUUGCAUUCUUCAGUAACUGGCGAGCUUCCGUUAAUCUCUCCAAUGAAUCAGGCUGGCAAUGGAGAGCGCCUCAGUUUGCGCAUAUCGGAUUUGCGAGUCUAUUCCUUGUCCUAUCUUUUACUAUUCCCGAAACACCAAGAUACCAUAUGAUUAAGGGUCGGUAUGAAGAUGCUAAAGUGGCGUUAGCUAACCUUCGGAUGCUAGACAGUAGUCAUCCAUACGUUGAAGUUGAGAUAGCCGGAAUUAGUCGUCAGCUUGAGUCUGAACAGGAAGCGACACAUGGUGUUUCGCGCUGGGGUAAGAUCCGUGAGCUUCUUUUGGUGCCUGCAAACAGAUAUCGUCUCAUGCUAGGCUUCAUGUCCCAAGUAUUGGGCCAAUGGUCUGGCGCAAACUCGAUCACCAUCUACGCGACAGAAUUCUUUGGCGUUCUCGGAAAAUCUGGACAAUCCGAGAAGCUAUUUGCCAGCUGUAUCCUCGGCGUUGUGAAGCUGGUCUCUGCAUAUAUCUGUGCGUUCUUUUUGAUUGACUUCGUUGGCCGGCGACGCUCAUUGUACAUGGGGAUAACUCUGCAAACUCUCAGUCUCACGUACAUUGCCAUCUUUCUGGGGUUGACUGGCUCAGAAUCUCUCGAAUCUGGACAACUUACCACAUCGCAACGCCGCGGGGCUGUCGGCUCGAUUGCUAUGAUAUACCUCUCUGGUAUAGGUUGGACAAUGGGCUGGAAUUCAUUCCAAUACCUUGUGAACGCUGAUAUCUGGCAACUAAGACUCCGAGCCCUGGGGAGCUCUCUGGUUAUGUGCUUGCAUUUCCUUAAUCAAUUUGGCAAUACGAAGGCUGUCCCGGACAUGCUGCUCGUGCUGCAGAGUUAUGGGUUUUUUGCAUUCAGCGCGGCCGUGAGCUUUGCUGGAUUGAUAUGGGUUUGGUUUUUUGUUCCCGAGCUUCGGGGCCGCUCACUUGAAAGUACUGAUGAACUUUUCGCGUUGCCUUGGUAUCAGAUUGGACGGUAUGGACCCAAACUCGUACCAGCAGAAAGUGCGAUCGGCGAUCAUCCUGGAGGGAAAGGUGAAACUGGGAUCGUCAGUCAUUCAGUGUAG